AUGGACAAGAUGCAUCCUGCUAGCACUCUCAUGAUUGGUCGAAGUUCAGAUGUACAAAAGGAUCCAUUUCGUCCAAAGGAAGAUGGCGAAAAGGUAUUGGGAGCUGAAAUUCCCUACUUAGUAUACCUGAAAGGAACCAUUGACAUGGGUUUAUUCUAUCCCUAUGAAGAAGUAAGAAAGACCGCUAGUGAAAAUGCAACUCCCUUCACUGAAACCCCAAAUAAUGUUUUGGUUGGUUUUGCUGAUGCUGGGUACCUCUCCGACCCACAUAAAGGUCGGUCACAAACUGGUUAUGUUUUCACCAUUGGAGACACACGAUAUCUUGGAGAUCGACCAAGCAGACUCUUGUGGCUAUCUCCACGAACCACUCUGAGAUCAUUGCCUUACACGAGGCAGUUCAUGAAGCAAGGGUACAUUAAGGGUGAUAAUAUGAAACAUAUAUCACCAAAGUUCUUUUACAAUCAGCAACAACAGUCUCUUCUGAAAAUUCAAGUCAGUCAAGUAAAAUCUGAUGAGAAUGCGACAGGCCUAUUUACUAAGUCAUUGCCUAGAUCGACUUUUGAAAAGCACGUCAAAAGUAUCGGACUAAGAAAAUUGUCUGAACUCCCUUGA